UAAUUUAAAUCCAGCGCACGAAGCUGAAGCUUAUUUGAUCUCUGUUGCUUUCUGACGAGUCAUCAGAUUCCCGCGUUGUAGAAUAAUGAAUUUUACUGGUGGAGGAAAACAAAUUCUAUGUUCAUUCACCUGGGCUAGAGGAAUACGUGAAGAGUUGGCAUAUCUUUCAGCGUUCAACGUUUUCUUGUCCAUCACUGCAGUUCUUGGCAAUAUUCUGAUCAUCGUUGCCCUUCGCAAGGUGUCGUCCCUUCAUCCGCCGACCAAACUCUUGUUUAGAUGUCUGGCCAUAACUGAUCUCUGCGUUGGUCUUAUUACAGGGCCUCUUAGCGUUGUCUAUUCGAUAUCUCUGGCUAACGAACAAUUGAAUCUUUGUCGCUACGCAUACGCCUCGUUUGUUAUUGUAAGCUAUACUUUGUGUUCAGUAUCUUUGCUUACAAUGAGUGCAGUUGGUGUGGACAGACUUCUCGCCCUGUUGUUAGGGCUGAGAUACAGACAAGUUGUAACUUUAAAGCGAACAUAUUUCAUUGUAGCAAACUUUUGGAUUAUGUCCGUUGCUGCGUCAAUAUCAUUCCUUAGAAAUUACCAUGUAACUUUAUGGUAUGGCUAUAUAGUUUUACCAUUGUGUCUAGUAACAUCAAUCGCCUCGUACACAAAGAUUUUCCUCAAACUCCGUCAUCAUCAAAUUCAAGUACAGGGCCAUGCCCAGCAAGAACAACCAGGCCAAAUAAAUCGACUGAACAUAGAGCGAUAUAGAAAGGCAGUGUCCAGUGCACUGUGGGUGCAGUGUACAUUAGUUGCUUGUUAUUUACCAUAUGGUAUAGUGAGAGCUUUAUUUAACUAUGGUAAAUCAUCUUCGUCGAGUUUUUUGCUUUUGGGACUUGCAAUAUCUUUAAUAUACUUGAACUCAUCGUUAAACCCGAUUCUUUACUGCUGGAAGAUAAGCGAAGUGAAGCAAGCAGUAAAGGAGACAAUCAGAGAAGCAAUUUGCUGUUUAUCGAGUUAGUUCACUCCGUUCAGUCAUUGCUGAGUUAUAUUAUACGUUUUCUUUUCCUGACAACGGUAAAGCUUCAAAUGUAUCGCUGUUUUUAAAGUUGUUUUCUGCAAGCGUCUUUGACAAAAAUAUAAUUUGUAAUAAGUUGCAUUGUGUUGAAGAACAUCCUUGUAAUGUAGGUUUAAAAUUUAUGGUAAAAACUGAAAAUUUGGGGCCCGAGAUGUAGGGCUUUUUAUAUUACACUGUUAGCGGCUUCAAUUACCGGUUUGCUGUGAUUGUUAAUAAAUGAUGAAUUAUUCGAGGAUAUUUCAUUAGCUUAACAUUAAUUAUUACCUCAGUUCUAAUCAAACAAACUAUAGAACGACCGUGAGUCUACCACCUUGAAAUAGGUUUAUGGAAAAGUACAGAAUAAAAUCUGCCUAUUUCAAAUCGGCCCAUCAUUUCUAUUACUAAUUUUAAUCAAUGUUAGUCCCUGUGUGUUUGAAAUGGUAGGUAAACAGUUUUCUUUUAAUAAAAAGUUCAGUUUAUGCUUCUUACGAAAUUUUCAGUCAAUUACGGUAAAUUUUGUUCACUUGAAAAGUGGUUCUCCUUGCUAUUCAGUUUGUAAAUCGGGAACUGAUUUCGGAACCGGAACCGUUUUAACAAUUUCCUUAUUUCUCUUUUGAAAAUUAGUGAGUAGUUUGCUUUAGCCAAGAUAAUUAAUUCAAACCUUCAAGUUCUGUGCGCACAGAAGUCUUCAAGACAAUUUAUCACCUGCUGUAAAACAACAUGUCAGUCUAAGUGACAGAGCUUUCUUUCCGUGUUGAAUAUUUUUAAAAUAACAUAUUGUGGAUGCUUCCUCCUUUAUCAUGUCACAUGAAGCUGUCUUCUAUUGGAGAGUAAGCUCGAGGUUUCUAUCGGCCGACAGCAACCAAGAGAGAGCCGUCUAAUUGUCUUGGGAUAACCCACUGACCGAUCUGUCAAACAGCAAAACAAAUAGUUUCAUUUCAGAAAUUUCACGAAAAAGGGAAAUCAGUGAUGCCAUUUUCAAAGCACCGCUAUGUAGUUAAUCAGAUUGCGCGUUGACCAUAGGCGUACGGGUCGGGAGGGGCGGGGUUGCAGCCCCCUAGUCACAGAAAUUUCUGAAAUUUAUCAGGUGAAACGCUGAUGAUUCGGGCAAAAGUACUCGGGAGAAAACAAUUUUAAAGGUAGUCAAAGCCAGGCUUGUAGGCUGCUUUCUAUGACGUUUGCCUUGUCAAAACGGAGUUAAGAUCAAAUUAUCUAAGCCGGAUCCAGGAAAUCUGUUCAAUAAAAAAGCCAUAUAUCGUUUAAAUGUGCAUCGUGGAAAUCCACGAGAUGGAUUUUAUUUCCAUCAACAAAGCAAUGACAAAAGAAUCAAAGCAAACGAAGACCAAGACUUUUGUUUUUUAUGGUGGCUUUGAAAAGAGCCGAUUGGAAUGAGGUUUCAAAAUAACUACAGUGGAAAUGAUCCCGAUUCCUGGAACCCUCAUUUCUCGAACUCGAACCAAAAGUCGUUUCCCUGUCCUCAGUCGAGCACUGCAAUUUUACCCCAGACUUCUCGAACUCUCCGAUAUUUCGAACCAAUUUUCGUUUCCCUUGAAGGUUCGAAAAAUCGGGAUUCUACUGUAAUUUUGAAAUGAUAAUAGCUUCACUAGACAUGAGAAUUGUGAAUGUUUUUGUUUUUACUGCGAUAUAAAUGCGUUUGUACAACAUAUGCCUUCGGGCAUUGUGUAAUCUUUUCGGGUAAUAAGAUCACCGCCCCCCAAGUCCGAAGGUGCCCGUCCGCUUAUGGCGUUGACGCGCUAAUUCCUCUAAAGUUCUCAUAAUGUUGCCAUGCAGUUAAGAAGCCCCUCGGUCCCAGUAAAUAGCAAUUUUGAAGCGAGUCAUGACAAACUUUAUCCUGGACGCUUCGCCAAGAAGACAGCAGAUCAAACCUGCUGAAGAAAAACAAUCUACAAAACUUCUUUUGUUUGGCCAUAAGGUAUAUGGAAAUUUCCCUGUGCUGUUAUGCUAUAUUGUGCUAUUCAGUAGGAAUGAGCAAGUGUCAAAUAUUCUCUGGUAAUCCAGUAUACACGUUUCGAGCUUAGCCCUUCUUCAGUAUGCUGUGCUAAGCUGUGCUAUGUUGUGCCAUGUUGUGCCAU